AUGUCCUCAGGCAAGAGCUAUGGUGUGGGGGAAAGGAAAGGGCCCCCAACAGGCCAGCCAGGGCCUGGCGGGAGGAGGACUGGGGAUGGCUCUGUGGUAGAGUUUGAGUUCCCUGAAGAGAGUGAGGGCAUCGUUGUGAUCUCCAGUCAGUACCGGUGCCAAGCCAAUGGGACCUUGACCGGCCCCACCCUAAAGGUCACAUCCCUGGACACAGAGGUGCUGACUAUCAAGAACCUUGUGGAUGCUCAUGAGGUCCCGCCCAUGCUGAGCGAGGAACGGGCAGAUUUUUGCAUCAAAGUCUCACCAGCAGAAGAUACCCACUUCUCAGAGAACCUGAUCCUCUACCUGCUCUUGCCACUCAUCUUUGUCAACAAGUGUUCAUUUGGGUGCAAAGUGGAACUCGAGGUCCUCAAGGGGCUCCUACAGAGCCCCCAGCCCAGGCUGCUGGGCCUCCUGGGCCAGUUCCUCAUCAUGCCUUUCUAUACUUUCCUGAUGGCCAAGGUCUUCAUGCUGCCCAAGGCCCUGGCUCUGGGCCUCAUCAUUACCUGCUCAUCACCCGGUGGUGGGGGCAGCUACCUCUUUAGCCUUCUUCUUGGAGGGGGUGUCAUGCUGGCCAUCUCCAUGACCGUCAUCUCAACAGUAGCUGCCAUUAGGUUCCUGCCACUGUCCUCUGCCAUCUACAGCCACCUGCUCAGCAUCCACGAAGCACUGCAUGUGCCAGUCUCCAAGAUCCCGGGCACCCUGCUGUUCAUUGCCAUCCCCAUAGCUGCAGGAGUGGUGAUAAAGUCCAAGCUGCCCAGGUUCUCCCAGCUACUACUGCACGCCAUCAAGCCCUUCAGCUUCUUGCUGCUGCUGGGUGGCCUCUUCCUAGUCUACCGUAUGGGGGUCUAUAUCCUGGUGGGAGUCAGGCUGCCCAUCAUCCUGGUGGGCCUCACAGUGCCCCUGAUUGGCCUCUUAGUGGGCUACUGCCUGGCCACCUGCCCGAGGCUGCCAGUGGCACAGAGGUGAACAGUAAGCCUCGACAUUGGGGUUCAGAACAGCCUGCUGGCUUUGGCCAUGCUGCAGCUGUCCCUCCGCUGCCUCCAGGCAGACUAUGCCUCCCAGGUCCCCUUCAUUGUGGCACUGAGUAGGACCUCUGAGAUGCUGGCCCUGGUCAUUGGCCACUUCAUCUUUAACAGCCUGUUUCCAGUCCCAUGAGGUCACUGCCUCUCACCCUGCCCACUGUCCCCAGGUUCCUGUGUACCAAAGACCUUUAGUUCUCAUGCACUAUGCACUCAGACCAAUCCAGGCUUUUUU